AGUGUGAGAAGAAGCGGCCAUGUAAUCAAUGCAAAAGCGCGGGACGAGAAUGUAAAGAGCAACUUAAGAAAGACCUCAGAGGGAAGGAUGCUCGUCAAGAAGUGGCGAAGAGAGCAAAACGGAUGUCUCAGUUUAUGGACAUAUGCCAGCGUCCAAAGAGUCCAGAGUUCAAGGAUCUCAUGACGGUCCUCCACAAUAAACCCACGUAUGAUGAUGUUGAUCGGGUUCUCAACAAUACAAACAAGUCACAAAGAUUGGCCGCGAGACAAUAUGAAAUGUUCCGACAUGAUGACCGACAAAUAAUGUCGCCUGGCUACCAGCCUGACCGCUAUGGGCAUGAUUUCCAGACAACCAUUCCGCACAGGCACCCACAUAAGAGUAUGGGGGAGGAUAUUGAGCUGCGAGUGGACCGCCAUGUGGAAAAAAAGAGUGAUAAGCGUACUAGCAUAGAUGUUGGCAGGCAAAGGAUCAGUAUUCAGGCGCUCACACUCCCGUCCAUGGCGAAAAAUGUUGUCGGUCCUCCACACCUCAUCUCUCCUCAUUCUCAUAAAUACAUUUGAAAGAACAAUCUGCGAAGGAUAUCUGCAUCAGAAGGAUCGAAGCUUGGAAUGUUGAUGGCUGUCUUUAUGUAUGAUGGUGAGGAUCCGGGGAAUAAAGACAACCUUUAAUGGG